CCAAACAAACGAAAGCGCGCGUUUGAAGCAGAGACGACAAUCAACCAAGGAAGUAUAAAAUCAAUAAAACAAACAAGCAAUUGGAUAAGAAUUGGAUUGGACACAUUUGUUGUACAGGAUUAUUUAAAAAGUUAAUUCAAUUUUAAAUCUAAUCUUAUAAUUAUUAAAAUGCAGAGACCAAGACGUACUUCUGAAUUUCAUGAAGAACCUGGUGGAAUAAGGCGCCAGUCAAGGGCCCAACAAAAAAGCGUAGCCCCAUCACCAUCUACAGCUUCCAAAUUCACAACAAGGCAAAGUCGCAUUGCUGUGCCCACACGAUCCGGCUCAACUGAUCGCGCAACAACAAGCUCCAAUGCAUUUCUUACAGUUCCCGGUAGCGUUACGGGUCGUCAGUCGACCACACCCAUGUCGAAUGCUAAAAUCACCAGUAAUCGUGUUCUCUUCACUGCCGAAAAACAUCGUGGUGGUAAUGCAACUGCAUCCAAUGGUGGCGCCUUGCAUAACGACAAGAAAUGGGUACAGGAACAGACACAACGCAUCACUGAAUAUCUACUAAAUCAGAAUACAAUUGGUGGCAUGAGUACCGAUUUCCUGCAGAAGGGUUUGCGCCAAAUGUCCAUUAAACAGUUUGUGGCAAUUGUCAACUUUUUCCUCAAUCACAUUUGGGGGAAACGUUAUGUGGUUGGCAGCAAUCAUGUCGAGGAUAUCAUACAAAUAUUACAGAAGUUACAAUAUCCUCAUCCCGUAAAUAAAUCAUGGCUGAAGACGCCCAAUACCCAGCAUUCGUUUGGCAAUGUCGUUGUGUUGUUGGAUUUUCUAAUGGAUUUUGUACCACCCUAUGUGGAUGAAGAUGUUGUGCCACAGGUUGUGGAUUUCUUUGAAUUGCAGGAGCCGCAUGAAAUCAUGAAUGGUUCCCGAUUGGCGGAGGACAUAUUUCAAAGUCCCGACUUGGAAUUUCAACGUGAAUUGUUAAUGAACACUGAGGAGGGAUUUACUCUCUGGGAUACCCAAAUGAAUGAUGAGUUUAAUAGCUUACAACAGGAAACAUGUAAUCUUCUCAUAAAAAAGACUUGUAAUUUUCCGGAUGCAGCUGCAAUUCACGUAGAAAUUGAAAAACUGAGUGCCCAAUUGAAAUGCUUAGAGGAUGCAAAACCCAAAGAAGAUAAAGAAUUAGUGCGAUUGGAAGCCAAAUUAACAGAUGAAUUUGAUUUCUUAAGUAACGAUAUGGAGCGGCUGAAAGAGGAAUAUCAUAAUAAAAAACGCACUCAACAACAAUUGACCCGGGAGAAGGCAGAUGUACUAAAUGAAGUGGAGAAUAUGGAAACAGAAAUUGAAAAUUUACAGAAGGUAAUCAACAAGCAAGUCUGUACGGUGGAGCAAAGAAAUCAGUUAAUGACCGAUCAAAAACAUUUGGAACAUUUACUGAGCAUAGAAGAGCGUACCUUGCGUGAACUGGAGUCACGCAACCACAAUCAACAGGUGCUCUAUGCAAGGGUGUUAAAACAGUUUACCGAUGGUGUGGAUUCCUUUAAUGCAUUUAUGAGGGAAAUUGCUUUCUCGGAUAUACCAGAGAUGAAGAAAAUCUCUUCCGAGGAACUUCAACUGCCUUUGCGUCCCGAUGAAGAACAACUUCAGCAACGUAUUCCAAACUUGCUGCACAUCAAGGAAGCCACACUGAAAGCAAUACAGGAAAAGAAAAAACAGGCCACAGAAACGCAACUACGUGCCAAAGAUAUUAUCGAUGAAGUUGAUACACAAUUGGAAACAAAACUUAACGCCUUGCGUCACCGUGUAGCCCAGGAAACGGAUAAAUUUGAAAAAUUAUGUCAAAAAAUGAAAGAACAUGCUGCCAAACUUAAUAUGCAAGCCCAGGAUUUGCAAAACCAAAUAUUAAGCGCUGACAAAAAUAUUGAACAGCUACAAAGUGCCAUCGAACAAAAACGCAUGGAAAUUGAAAUGAUGAAGGCCAAGAAUGAGGAGACCAUGAAAGAUGCCGAGGAACGACAUGCAAAGUAUAUAGAACAGAGAAGGGCUUUCAUAACAGCUUACGAUGAAAUGUUUGAGCAAUCAGUUAGCGGUGAUGUUUUGAAGAAAUUGGCCGAACAAGUUGAAGAGCGAGAGAAAGAGUUGGAGAUAUUGCGAAAGGAAUUUCAAACAGAAGUGGUUCCAAUCGAUCAACAGGAUUGAAGGAAAUGUGUUUUUGCUUGCCACUUUUAUAAGAAUUAAUGUGUAAUUUGUUGCUUUCUUGUAAAUAAUA